AAAUUAACGCUUGUCCCUAUGAUCUUCAAUGGCUUGUGCUAGUUGGCUCCACCUCCACUCUCCGUCUUUAACGCGCGUUAUCCUUCCCGUUCUGCACCACCCCACUGCUCCCUCCACCGCCUUCCUUCACCAGCUCAACCGUUUUUCUUCACCCGUGCGCCUCACUUUCUCGGUAAACCAAACCAAUCCCCUGCUAACUCCGGUCCAUGCUCAAGCUAAACGAGGUUUGUCAUUCAAAGACAACAAAAUCGCUUCCCCGGAGGAUCUUCGGUUCGAGUCGCCGCUGGAAAUCGUGGUGUACCCGGACCCUAUAUUGCGGAAGAGAAAUAAACGAAUUGACACAUUCGAUGAGAAUUUGAAGAAACUUGUCGAUGAAAUGUUCGACGUUAUGUACAAAACUGAUGGCAUUGGUCUCUCAGCUCCGCAAGUAGGAAUUAAUGUUCAACUGAUGGUGUUUAAUCCCGUCGGCAACCGAGGUGAAGGGCAAGAAAUCGUUCUUAUAAACCCGAAAGUUACAAAAUAUUCGAAGAAGAUGGUGCUGUUUAAUGAAGGUUGCUUAUCUUUUCCAAGAAUAUAUGCUGAUGUUGAGAGGCUGGAAUCUGUAAAGAUUGAUGCACAAGAUAUUAAUGGUGCGAAGUUUACAGUGGAUUUAUCAGAGCUUCCUGCACGGGUUUUCCAACAUGAAUUUGACCAUCUUCAGGGGAUUUUGUUUUUUGACAGAAUGACUGAUGAAGUUCUCGACAGCAUUCGCGGACAGCUAGAGGCAUUAGAAAGGAAAUAUGAAGAUAAUACCGGACUCCCGAGCCCUGAAAAGGUAGAAACUCGGAAAAGGAAGAAAGCCGGUGUUGGUUUUGGGAAAUCAUGAAUCUGCUUCCACCAGUCAUUAUGUUGCAUGUUUAGGUGCUUAAUAGAGCAUCAAGAUGGUUGGCGUGAAGCUGAAAGUGCAAUGGAGAUUGUCACCUUAAAUAUCAAUGGUUUUGAUAAACAUCAAUCUUUUGU